CAAAAUCAACGCAUAUGCAAUCCAAAUCAUCACCAGGAACAAAUAUCAUAUUCGAAAAUAUUACUAUUCGAAAAAUAUUAUAAUUACUACCGCAUCCGGAGCAAUACAACCUUCAAGCACCAAGACUUAGCCAGAGACUGCAAGCACAACAUCAGCACACAAGACAGACACCAAUACACAUCACAAUUACAUAAAUCAAUGAUGGAUAUCAACCAAAUUAAUGAUCCUACUUCAUCCAAGGCAAUUAUACAUAGUCAUCUAAUUAAUCAUCAAGAAACAUCAUCUCAUAAAAGGCAUAUACCAGAUUCCUCUCAUCAUCAAAAUAAAGAAGAUAAAGAAGAUGAUAUAAUCACAAUAUAUGAUUCCGAUUCAUCAAUGUUUGAGUUACCUGAUACAACAUUAACUUCCUAUCAUCCCAUAAAUGCCACAAGGCCAAAUACGUCUUUACCUUCACCUAAACGCCAAAAACCAAACAUCGCAAUUGAUGUGCAAUCCAGAAUAUUGAAUGAAUCUACAACAAAAUUAACAAGCCGGACACAAAUAAUGAAACCCAACAGUUCAAAUAAUUCAACUACACUUUCAAACUUAUUCGAUACUAUAGAGGAGCAGGUAUCAAAACCCACAAACCCUCCAAUACUACCCUCAACAAAUGUGGUAAAAAACAAAGUAUCUAUUUUACCUACAUCAAAAAACACGAACAAUGCCCAAGCCCAAGCAAAUGAUCCUAUGCCGCCAACCAACUCCAACUUUCCACUAAACAUAUUGGAACCUUUUAUUGAGUCAAAUAAAAAUUCACCUAAACCUAAUUUGUAUGCUGGCAUAAUGCCUCUUACCGAAUACAAUAUACAAUUGUAUCCUAAAAUAGUACCUGGUGGUUUUACAAAUAUGACUACAUAUUAUGUGCCACUUGAGGUUGAAACCAUAUUAAGUUUCGGACCUAAAUAUUGCCCUAUACGGGUACCAGUAAUAUAUGAUUAUUACAAUGUAGUGAAAAACUAUUAUGAGGCCCAUUUAGAUUCUUUUAUAAAUCUUAAUCUAUGCAAUCCAUUAGAAAUGGAAGCUCAUUAUACUCAAGUAUUGAAUAUAAUUGAAAAAGAACAGAAUUUAACUUCAGUUCAACAAUCUUUAAAACAAUUAUAUGAGUAUGCUGCAAAUUAUCUAAAAAAGCAUAAAGAUACACUUAUCGUGCAAUCUGAUAAGUGCAAAUCUACGGUAUUAAUGUAUCGUUCAGAUUAUAUAGAGAAAAUGACCAAUUGGAUAUCCUCUUAUAUUGGUACAGGUUCAUGUGUAGAGGUAUGUGAAGACCCUGGAAUAUUAUCUCGUCGCAUAGGAGGUUAUUUUAGAAAAGUAGCUAGACCCUUAUGCAGGUUAUAUGAGAAGAAUAAUACCUUAUAUUCAAAGGAAAUAUAUCAAGAAAUCCAAAAAUUGCUAUCAGGUAUCCCAACCUUACCAUAUUUAUAUGGUACAAUUAAAACUCAUAAGGACGAUGCUUCUAUACGUCCAAUAUGUAGUCCCCUUGGAUGGUACAUCUCACCUAUCCAUAAAUUAGUUCAAUGCCUACUGAAAUAUACAAUAGAAGAUCGUUUGUCUUCACAUAAUGUGUAUAAUAUAAACCAUCUAACUGGUCAUAUCUUAGGGUUACGUCCUAUAUCAAAUUAUGUGUUAAUAUCUAUUGAUAUAAAGGAGAUGUAUCCUAGCACUCAAAUAUUACCCUUAUUACAGACAUUAAAUAAUAUAAUGCAACUCUCCUGGUUUUUGGAAAAAUGUCCAAUUCCAAUAUCUUUAUUGGAACAAUCAAUACAAUUUAUUUUACUUCACGGUAAUUAUUUUACCUUUAAUGGUAAACUUUAUCAGCAAAUAGAAGGUUUACCUCAAGGAGGUAGUGCCUCAGGACUGUUAGCAACAAUAUAUAUAGAUUCAAAGUUAGAAUUGUAUGCCAAAACCAUAAUGACCACCUACCGUGUACAUGCUUGGUGGAAGUAUGUAGACGAUGUUCUAGUCUACCUUCCACGUACAAAUGUAGAUUCUUAUUGCACUGCCCUAUCUAAACUUAUAGGUUAUAAACUGACAUAUGAAGUGGAAACCCCUCAUCCACUAUAUCAUAAUCAUCCUUGCAUAAGCUAUUUAGAUUAUAGAAUAAUACAUACAGAAGAUUCCUUCAAACUAGCUCUUUAUAAAAAGCCUAAAUUAUCUAAUAGAACCUGUCAUUAUACUUCACACGUACCUCAUCAUAUAAAGAAAGCCACACUCUCUUACUAUUUGAAACGAAUAGUAUAUCGUACAAGCGUAGAAUACCUACAAAGAGAUAUUACAGAAUGUGUGGAUCAGUUGUUACAAAAUAGCUAUCCUUUAUUACUAAUAAUCCAUACAUUAAAAGCCAUAAUAUUGGGUUAUCCUUGUAUAUCUUCACCUUAUAUACAGCAUUCUACCCCAGCUCGUAUGCAUCUAUUAAAACAAUUUAUAAAACCAUACGAAUUACAUUCAGAACCUUCAUAUCCAUAUUUGACACACAUUACUCCUAAACCUAAACAAUAUAAUAAAAGUAUUGUUUUUAGUUGUGAAGAAAUUUCAUUCUUCUUACGCUCAUCUUUAAAAGAUUUAUCUGUAGGAUCUCCUACAUUUUGUCGUUCAGAUACAUUAUUUACCUUAUUACAUAUGUCACUUCGGUCAAUAGGACCAACUAAGCAUCUAUCUUCAAAACAUAGGAUAUUAUUAACCACUUGUAAAACUUGUGAUAUAGGAUUCUUAUGCACGGGCAAAGGCAUACCACGUGAAAUAAUAGAAGAUGUAUUAAAAGACACACGAUCACCAAUGCACCAACAUUCAGUAAAAUAUAAUCACCUGAUAUCAACACAUCCUGUAGAACUACCAUAUUCAUCUAAAUUACAACCAUCCGAACAAAUGCAACUGUAUAAGACGAUAUAUGUGUCAAUGGGUUUGGAAUGGGACCCCAACCAAAACUACGAAUUGAUUCCUCGCUUUAUAGCACGUAGCUUGGAUGCUUAUUUGCAACGUUUCCGACCAAUAUUACCUCUUAAUAACACUAAAACCCGUAAUACCGGUAUGAAAAUACCUCGUGCCAAUAAAUAAUCAUCAUAUUCAUAUUACAAAUAUAUGAUAAUAUAUAAUAUAUAAA